UCCCAUAAAAAUAACAUCGUCUGAUGCAAAAAUAGACUUCAAUAAUCAAUAGAGUUUUUUGAAUAAUUCCACCCUGAUUCAAUCAAUUCUCCAAAUGUGUUGCAUUAUCAUUUUAAAAAUCUGACAAUUCUUAUCACCAGAUAGUGUCAAUAAUGGCUACUUGUCACAUCAUCUCGAGUGAAUAAAUUCCUCACCACAAUUUCCAAUAAACAAUAAAAAUGAACGUAGUGACAGCGAUAAAGCUCUAUAUCACCCGGAUGACGGAGGAGAGUGGUCCGGGUAUGAAGGUCCUCCUGAUGGACAAGCAGACGACGAGUAUCGUGAGUUUGGUUUACAGUCAUUCGGAGAUAUUGAUGAAGGAGGUCUACCUGUUCGAGAAAAUUGAUGCUGUGGUGCGGAGCGAGGCCCUGAGACACCUCAAGUGCAUUGUAUUUAUCAGACCGACCAAAGAGAAUAUUGCCCUGCUGUGUAGUGAGCUGAGAAACCCAAAAUAUGGGACGUAUUACAUAUAUUUCAGUAACAUCAUCGCCAAAGCUGAUAUUAAACUUCUCGCUGACAGUGAUGAGCAGGAAGUUGUCAGAGAAGUUCACGAGUAUUAUGCAGAUUACCUAGCAAUUAAUCCACAUCUAUUCUCCCUUGGAAUUUACGCAUGUUGUGAAGGUUUAACAUGGAAUCCAACACAUCUCCACAGAAGUUGCGAGGGAAUCAUAUCGGUGCUACUAUCCCUGAAGAAAUGUCCCUACAUUCGUUAUCAGAACAGUUCGAAAAUGGCUAAGAGAUUAUCAGAGAAGAUUCGUGAAGUGCUGACCAAGGAGUCGAAUUCGUUCAAAUUCAGGCAGGAGACUGAUCCUAUUCUGCUGAUUCUGGAUAGAAGGGAUGAUCCAGUGACACCUUUGUUGAAUCAGUGGACGUAUCAGUCGAUGGUCCACGAAUUAUUGACGAUAAAUAAUAAUCGGGUUGACUUGUCUCAUGUCAAGGGGAUUUCAAAGGAACUGAGGGAAGUUGUUUUGAGUGCUGAGCACGACGAGUUUUAUGCUGAGAAUUUAUACUUGAAUUUUGGGGAAAUUGGACAGACGAUUAAAGAAUUGAUGGAGGAAUUUCAGAGAAAAGCGAAGAAACAUCAGAAGGUGGAGAGUAUUGCUGAUAUGAAGAACUUCGUCGAGGCCUAUCCACUGUUCAAAAAAAUGUCGGGAACUGUUUCUAAACACGUGACAGUUGUCGGCGAACUGUCGAAUCUAGUCGCUCAACAUAAUUUGUUGGAGGUUUCUGAGACUGAGCAGGAACUCUGCUGUCAGAAUGAACAUUCUAAUCAGCUUCAGAAAAUUAAAAAAUUGCUAAACAACCCAACAGUCCGUGCCAUCGACGUCACUAGAUUAGUAAUGUUGUAUGCUCUUCAUUACGAGAAACAUACGAAUAAUGAAAUUGGAACUCUUCUUGAAAUGCUGAAGAAACGAGGUGUUCCAGAAAAAUAUACAAGGCUGGUGUAUAAUAUUUUGGAAUACAGUGGAAUAAACAUGAGACAGUCGAAUUUGUUCGAUCGUGAGGCUGUGGCAAAAAUAACAAAGAAAUUAUUCAAAGGAUUGAGUGGAGUUGACAAUGUCUACACUCAACACAAUCCUCUGUUGACUGAAAUCCUCGAGGAUCUUAUCAAAGGGAAAUUAAAUACUCAGACGUAUCCUUACCUCGGCAAUAUGGUCAUGACGAAAAGAACUCAAGACGUCAUUGUCUUCAUCGUCGGUGGUGCGACAUACGAGGAGAGCCUCACCGUCUACAACCUCAACAAACAAAAUCCUGGAGUCAAAAUAAUCCUCGGUGGCACAACAAUUCACAAUUUCGAGAGUUUCUCCGGGGAAAUUGUGUCGGCAACUGACGGUGUAGCAUCAAAAUACAAAUCGAGAAAUCAUUGAUUUCCACUGAUGAACUCUAUUUUUUUUCAAAUAUUUAUUCAGCAUUCCUCUAACCUAAAUGAAGAGACGGGGGAGAUCAUAUCUUCACAAUUCCACAUUAUUCAGCGGGGGUUUCCCAUCGAUUUUCUUUCGAUUUAUAUUUGUAUGUUAUUGAUUGCGGUGUAGAAUGAUGUUGAAUUGUUCCUGAAUAAAAUAGCUUUGUUGUAUGAUUAGCAAAAAAUAUUUGGAGCAAAUUUUCCUUCGAAUCCUCAUGAAAUUUACAUUUUUUUAUUUUUUAUGAUCGUUCGUCGUUACCCUCAACUAGCAAAAUAUAUCUUCAAUAUUUUACACAUCCAUUUUGUGAACCAAAAUAUUUUGGAUCAAUUCGUGAAAUCGGGGCGCCAAAAACCAA